UGUAAAUGUCAUUCAGAGCUGCAGUUACUCAACGGAUGGAGAUCAGAUGAGAUCAGACUGACUUCAGUGAUAUCUGGUCGCCCAGAGGGGUUUUCGAUACUUCUGUCAUGGCAGGGCUGUUAUCGGCGGCUGCUACUGUCGCUGUGCGCUGCGGAUCGAGAGCUUUACUGCGCUUCAACACACGAGCUGCUGCUGGGACUCAUAGUGCUGUUCGUGCCCGGUUAUUAGCCCCGAAUCAUGUUAAACCUGUAGCAUCCAUAGGAAAUACCUACUCGUUCCCGCUCUUAUCCUACUCCACUGAAGCUCCAAAAGAUGGCAAACCAAGUGGACCAGAAAAGGGGCCAGGAGGAGGAAGAGGAAGAAAAGGAGGGAGUAAAGACUGGAAGAGUCGGUUACUACAGGGAGAUGUACCGUGGGACGAUAAGGACUUUCUGUAUGUUUUGAUCACAGCGGGAGGUGUAGCUUCUGUUCUGCUGUACCUGUACCUCAGAGAUCCAGGAAGAGAGAUCACAUGGAAGGAUUUUGUCCAUCGCUACCUGGGCAGAGGGCUGGUUGACCGUUUAGAGGUCGUGAACAAACAGUUUGUCAGGGUCAUUCUAAUACCUGAGGUUGACAACUCUGAAGGAAGCUAUGUGUGGUUUAAUAUUGGUAGUGUGGACGCAUUUGAGAGGAAUCUGGAAGCUGCUAAUUAUGAACUGGGGUUAGAACCGUCCCAUAGAGCAGCAGUGGUUUACACCUCAGAGAGUGAUGGGUCUUUUCUAAUGAGCUUCAUUCCCACUCUGCUGCUAAUUGGCUUCUUACUUUUCACCCUGCGUCGUGGACCAAUGGGAGGAGGGAUGGGUGGAGGAAGGGGUGGGCCCUUCAGCAUGAGCGAAUCAACUGCCAAGAUGAUGAAGGACAAUAUAGACGUGAAGUUUAAAGACGUGGCUGGAUGUGAAGAGGCCAAAGUGGAAAUCAUGGAGUUUGUAAAUUUCCUCAAGAACCCACAACAAUACCAGGACCUGGGUGCUAAGAUCCCUAAGGGUGCUGUGUUGUCCGGCCCUCCGGGUACAGGAAAGACGUUGCUCGCUAAAGCUACUGCCGGAGAGGCUAACGUUCCUUUCAUCACAGUCAACGGCUCUGAGUUUCUUGAAAUGUUUGUUGGUGUUGGUCCAGCCAGGGUGAGGGACAUGUUUACUAUGGCCAGGAAGAAUGCACCCUGCAUCCUCUUCAUCGAUGAGAUAGAUGCUGUGGGCAGGAAGAGGGGUGGUGGGAAUUUUGGCGGGCAGAGUGAACAGGAAAACACCCUCAAUCAGUUAUUGGUGGAGAUGGAUGGUUUCAAUACUAGUACAAAUGUUGUAGUUCUAGCUGGUACUAACAGGCCUGAUAUACUUGAUCCUGCAUUGAUGCGGCCGGGAAGAUUCGACAGGCAGAUUUACUUGGGGCCUCCUGAUAUUAAGGGUCGAGCAUCCAUAUUUAAAGUGCACCUGCGGCCCCUCAAACUGGACCCCGCUCUAGACCGUGAUGGAAUUGCGAGGAAGAUGGCGGCUGCUACACCUGGAUUCACUGGUGCCGAUAUUGCAAAUUUGUGUAAUGAAGCUGCUCUCAUUGCUGCCAGACAUCUAAAUGAAUUCAUCAAUGUGAAGCACUUUGAGCAGGCCAUCGACAGAGUCAUCGGUGGUCUGGAAAAGAAGACCCAGGUCUUACAACCCACUGAGAAGAAGACAGUAGCAUAUCAUGAGGCAGGACAUGCUGUGGUGGGCUGGUUUCUCCAACAUGCUGACCCACUGCUUAAGGUGUCUAUUAUUCCCAGAGGCAAGGGUUUGGGUUAUGCACAAUACCUUCCCAGAGAGCAGUAUUUAUAUACACGCGAACAGCUGUUUGACAGGAUGUGCAUGAUGCUGGGUGGACGUGUAGCAGAGCAGGUGUUUUUCAGCAGAAUCACCACUGGAGCUCAUGACGACCUUAAGAAGGUCACACAAUCCGCGUAUGCUCAGAUUGUGCAGUUUGGCAUGAGUGAGAAAGUGGGGCAGGUGUCAUUUGACCUCCCUCGGCAGGGUGAGAUGGUUCUGGAGAAGCCCUACAGCGAGGCCACAGCAGAACUCAUCGAUGAAGAGGUCAGACAGCUGGUCGACCGGGCCUACAAGAGAACUCUGGAGCUCAUCACUGAGAAACGAGACUACGUGGAGAUGGUUGGCAAGCGUCUACUGGACAGAGAAGUUCUAAACAAAGCUGAUAUGAUUGAAUUGCUGGGACCCAGGCCGUUCGAGGAGAAGUCCACAUAUGAGGAGUUUGUGGAGGGCACGGGCAGCUUUGAAGAAGACACAACUCUUCCAGAUGGGUUGAAGGACUGGAACCAGCAGCGAGGCGAAAACCAGGAGGAAGCACCAGCAUCACAGGAGAAACAGGCUGCUUGAACUGAACCUUUGAAAUACCUUCACCCUGCCUCUGACACUUGCCUUACCGCGGUACCUCAGUGGGGAGGGCGAGUUUGUUAUCUUGGCUUGAUAUGAGAGGAAACACAUUACUUUUUUUGGCGUUUGCAUUUCACUUUCCUCUUUAACCAAAAGCAGUGACUUCACUGAAUUUGAAAUGCCUUAACUGUACCAAGCAAUGACGUCUGUACACCAACUCAUACUUGGGGACAUUAACAACCUAGAAUUAGGUUUAUUUUUUUUAUCAUUCAGUUUUUGCUAUUAUAUUAUUAUAUAUUAUAAAUCUAAAUUCAGUAUUGUAUUCACAUUUAUCUUCCUCAUUACAGAAGUGGAAGAUGAAAAACAAUCUGUAGAUACUGUAUGUACAAUUUUCAUUUGUGUGUUUUGAAAGAUAUGAUUAAAUUAAAUGGGUCAUAUCAUGGUGCACUUACUGUAUGUAAAUCAAGGUACCAAAUAACAGUCGUAAUUUAGUUUUUCAUGACCAUAUUACACCCUCUCUCUCUGACCGUUAACAUUAAUUGGGGCAUUUUUGGUGCUCUAAUUUUAAGACUUCUAUGGAUGUGGUAUAAUUGACUAACCUCUUCACGUAUAAAAUAAGAACGCUUAGUCAUGGGUUUCAGGUUUGCUUUUGGGUCCAAUAUUGCGCUGCCCCUUUUUUCUUCGUUAAUCCUGCAUUAUUCUUAUGUUUAUGAAUACUCAUCAUUUACUCGCCCUCAUUUCAUUCCAGAUGUGUAUGACUUUCUUCUGCUGAACACAAAUGAAGAUUUUUAUUAGACUAUCUCAGCUCUGUAUGUCCAUUCAGUGCAAAUGAAAUGUGACCGAACCUUUUGAAGCUCAGCAUAAAAGUAGUCCAUAAUACUCCAGUGGUUUAAUCCAUGUCUUAUGAAGUGAUCCAUUUUGUUUUUUUGUGAGAACAGACCAAAAUAUAACUCCUUUGGUGCAUCACGCAAGUUUCAGUGCUUGCAUCUUUUCUGACUAAUGCGCUUGGGCCUGGAAUUAUUUGCACAAAUUAGUGAGUCCACAAGGUGGCAACUCUCACAUUUGAGCCGUUGAUGUCAAGAAGCAGCUGGAAAACAAUAGGAGACUAAAAUGGAAACGGCAACAGUGGAUGUGCAUGUCAAUAAUGCGCAUGAGAGGAGGCCAGGAGAUGACUGCAGACUCAAAAGCCCAAAGUAUACUCGGGUUUUCUUGCUUUGGUUUGUGUAAUACCAUUUCAGUUUUGCAUGUCAAUGAGGGUGUCAGAACAUGAUACAAUUGAUUAUGUAAAACGGCCAGUCAAUGCUGUCAAUCAUGACCAAAGUGUCAAUCUUAAGUUUAUUACAUAAAGACAAUUGGAUUUACAUUGGGGUUUUAUCAGAACAUCUAACAAUCAGCAAUCGCAAUAAAGCAAUAAAGCAAUAAGGACAGAA